AGCGCCGGUAAUGAUGCGGAUUCCUCCCCUUUGAGCCGCAAACUGCUCCCGGCCGCCUUUUAAGAUGCCCCGCGAUCAGCUGCGCCAAUGUAUCUGAAGAAAUCUCGGAGCACCUCGAUAAACGGCAUCGGAAAACUCGACAAUGAAUCAAAGAAAAAGAAAAAGGCAGCAGAAAUCUUGCAGGCCUUGAACAGCACUCCAGUGGAUGUGGCUGCACUGCGGAGAAUGGCAAUCAGUGAAGGUGGUCUCCUGACAGAUGAAAUCCGCUGCAAAGUGUGGCCAAAACUCCUUAACGUAAGCACGUGUGAUCUACGCCCGAAACCAGGACCAGAACUCCGAGAGAACAACAAAGACUAUCAACAGGUGCGACUGGAUGUGCAGCGAUCAUUACGGCGCUUUCCACCUGGAAUGCCAGAUGCAGAGCGUGAGGCACUUCAAGAAGAGUUGAUUGACAGCAUCUUGGAGGUACUGAAGAAAAAUCCUCAGCUUCACUAUUACCAGGGAUACCAUGACAUCGUGGUCACCUUCCUUCUGGUUGUUGGUGAGAGAAUGGCAACAGCCCUGGUGGAGAAACUUUCCACACAUCACCUCAGGGAUUUUAUGGACCCAACCAUGGACAAUACAAAACACAUUUUAAAUUACCUUAUGCCAAUAAUAGAGAAAGUGAAUCCAGAAGUACAUGACUUCAUGCAAAGAGCUGAAGUUGGGACAAUUUUUGCCUUGAGCUGGUUGAUAACUUGGUUUGGUCACGUGCUUUCAGACUUCCGGCAUGUAGUUCGGUUAUAUGACUUCUUCCUGGCAUGCCAUCCAUUAAUGCCAAUCUAUUUUGCAGCAGUGAUCGUAUUGUACCGAGGUCAUGAAGUCCUGGAGAGUGAAUGUGACAUGGCUGCUGUCCACCAUCUGCUAUCGCAGAUUCCACAGGACCUGCCAUAUGAGACUCUGAUCAGCCGUGCUGGUGACCUCUUUGUCCAGUUUCCUCCAUCUGAACUUUCCAGAGAAGUUGCCCAAAAAGAAAGCACUGCUGUCUCGACCUUCAAAGACUUUGAACUGGUGUCAGCUCAGCAGCACCCUGACACAGUGCUCCGGAGGCGGUUUAAAGACCGAGUGCAGCAGGCACGCAGAGCGAGCACAGAUGUGGCAAUAAGGCGGACCAGGAGACUGAUAAAACUGGCAGUGAUGGGUCUAACUGUAGCACUGGGAGCGGCGGCCUAUGCAGUGGUCAAUAGUGCAUUGGAAUGGGCACCGAAGUUUGAACUUCAACUCUUCCCGUGAAAAGCCACUUUAUAAAACCCCGAUCACGUGCUAUGAGAGAGGGGCAUGAUUUUCUUUCACUGUCAUUUCCUUUUAGCUUUGAAUGCAUCACUGAAGACUGGAAGCAGGUUAUUCCACACAUUCAUUUAAUGACUGGAUGGACACAGGAUUUUUUUUUUGGCUGCCACUUUGUGCGUGAAUUGCAUCAAGGAUAAAGCUGCAAUAUAUACCACCACUUUUAUUUUUGAAACAAAAUAUUGGGCUAUGACUUGUUUGAAAAAUCUACUGCCUCAACGUGAUCGAUGUGAAGUUAUGCCGCUGAGUUCUUAUACGGCAUGUCACUAAUCUUGUUUACGUUACUGAAGAAAGGCGACUGCAAUAAUGGAUGUGGGAUGAUGUGAGGUCAUAUUCUAGCAGGCAUACUAUUGUGCUACCUAGGGCAGUUUAAUGGAAGAAUUAACUUGUCUGCUCCCUAAAAUAAGAUUUAGAGCUUUUUAAGAAGUAUUGGCGAAAGAAUCGCGUUGGUUAUGUGCAAACACUGAUUUUUAACCCAGGUAGGAGUCUUACAUCUUUACUGGUUAAUAAAGCUGUUUCACUUGUUCCUCAACUAAAUUUUGAGACAUAAUAGAGUAGAACACUUUUGUAUAAGACGGUGACUAGAAGAGAACAGGUCCAGUGCCAUCUCAAAAACUUGUUGAACUGUGCCUUGUUGUACAUUUAUUCCCCUGACUUAUUUAACAAGAGCAGCAUUUUCUCAAAAUAUGUAGAGCUGAAGACAGCAGAUUUGAUUUAAUGUUUCUGAACUUUUGUAACCUCUGUCAGGCUGGCAUUAGGGGGUGUUUGGCCAAGAGAUCUUCAGACAGAUUUCCAAUGGAAUAACUGAAUUGGCUGAGCUGACCUUCCUUGAAUGACCUGCCAACAUUGACCGUUCGCAGUCAUGAAUAAAGAAGAGUCACUUUAGUUAUUAAAUUGACUUUGUUCCACAGCAGGUGUCAACACCUUAAAGGGGGAGGGUGAUGGAAAUAAAAUGGGUUUCCUACAAUCGGUUUAAACUAACUGAAGUUCCCAGUUCUUUCUGCCUUUCCAUGUGGGUGACUCUGGUGAUGACUUGGUGCAGCAAAAGAUGCUGGUCACCUGACCACACCAUUACACAAGGAGGAUGAAUGUGGACUGUCAGUGAGUCUCAUUUUCUCAGGGUAGUUAUACUUAUUUUUGCAUUUCACUACCAUCCCCUAAACUGCCCUGCUUUUAACAAUGCUUAUCGGUACCAUUAUGACGAGAUACCUCAACAGUAAUCUGUGGGAUGUUUUUCUUUUCUUCAUUCUGCUACAAACCAAACAAUCAUUUUCAGUAAGUGCAAAAACACAUCUUUAAUUAACUCUUUAUUGCAGAUUAUAUCACUGUAUGUCAAUGUAAGCCUAGAAUAUUAGCUCAAAAGAUUAUUUGUUACUGAUACCUGUUUAACGAAUGUGACACAGGCAAAUGGGCUACAAGCUAACUAAUAAAUAAAUUUUUAAAUAUUUUAACUGUAGUAUAUUGCUGUCGGUGGCCUAUGCCUCAGUAGGGGUGUUGGGCUUAACUAAUUAUAUUGCAGCCUUAAUACUGGUGUCAACAGGCACACUAACCUCACUAAAAGAGUUGUAACUUGUCUUGCUAUCCCUUGUAAGACAAGUUACUUGAGAUUUUGGCAUGAAAGAGUUGUGUUCUGGAUAUGUUAUUAGCUUUGAUCAGCAAUGUACAAAUCUUUGCUUUAUUUUCUGUAAUUACAAGAUUUUACUAAUAAUUUUGUGAAGAUACCCAAUAUGCUUAAUUUACAGAAAUAUUGGUGGUAAAAUGGUUUUACUAUAAUGCUUUAAUUUUCCUUUCAUGUUUUCUUCUCGCUGUUGAUGUCUCUGCAGAUAAGCAAUCUUUUCAUUAGGGCUUGAUUUCUAAUCAUGAUGCCUCCACGAGCUGCUGCCUCAAGGAGCUAGCCAUGGCUUUUUAAAAGGGGUGAAUUCUGGUUGGAAGGAAACUUACUUCUCAUUCAUGGAAUAUGGAUUAUGUUUACAAAACUUUUAUUUAUUGUCAAGCUCUGACCUUAUGAAUGUGGUGGUGAGCUGUUGUCAGGCAGUAUCUGUGGAAGAGGAUAAACGGUCAGCGUUUUGGGCUGAGACCCUUCAGGCCUUGCUGAGGUCCUCCAGCAUUCUGAGUGUGUUGCUCAAGAAUUCCUUCCAGCAUCUGCAGAAUCACUUUUAUUUAUUUAGAGAUACAGCACGGAACGGGCUCUUCUGGCCCAAUGAGCCACAUCAUCCAGCAACCCACCUAUGUAACUCUAGUCUAAGCACAGGACGAUUUACAAUCACCACUUAACCUACUAGCUAGUACAUCUUUCAACUGUGUGAGAAGCCAGAGGAAGCCCAUGCAUUCACUGGCAGAGAUGUGCAAACUCCUUGCUGAUGGUGGUGGAAUUGAACUCCGACAUCCUGAGCUGUAAUAGCGUCACGACAACUAUUUCACUAUCUUGGUGCCCACUUGUGUAAAUGUCAUCCACUACAGUAGUAUUUGUAAUGGUGUUCGCACGUACUGCAGCAGUAUCUCACCACCCACUUCUCACUAAAUGGGGUAAGCAAUUGGUCGUGCCACUGGAGCCCAUACUGCAUAAGUGAAAACUAAACCUGUUCCUUCCAUUCAAAAUUCAUCUCUACCAAAGGGGUGACUAGCACUUCAAGGAAGUAGCAUUGGUAACUCUGAUCUCACUUCACACACAUAUUCUCGUUUGUGCCUGUAGGUGUUAGUGACCCAUGUUAUCAGGCUUAUCUUCCAAAACUUAUUCUUGGUCCCUUCAUUUAUUACAGGUAGGAAUGGAGAUGGAAACUAAAUCACUAGCUGUAUAUUUUAAUAAUACAUUAUUUUUGUCAGUCAAAUGGUGACUUGAUGACCAAAUGUUGAUAUGCCUUGUUAUAUUACAAUGACUGGCUUGAAUGCUGGAUGUGCAGUUUUAAAACUGAGACAUUAUUUUGUUUAGAAAUACAGCACAGAACAGGCCCUUCUGGCCAGCAACCCAUCUAUUUAACCCUAGCCUAAUCAUGAAAUUAUUUAAAUUGACUUACUAACCAGUGCAUCUUUGAAAUGUGGGUGGAAACCAGAGCACUCAGAGGAAACCCAAGUGCUCACAGGAAGAACGUACAAACUUCUUACAACGCUAGAAUUGAACACCCAACUCUAAUGCUGCUACCAUGGCACCCAACUAGAGGGAGUAGACAGUACCUCAUUUUAAGGCUGAAGUAAUAAUAAAUCACAAUACUAUUCUGAACUGGAGUAGAAUGGUUCCAGUGUUAUGGCCAGUGGUGUUAGGAAUAUCUGCUUAUCAUCUGUUAAAAGCAUUUCUUACAUUACAAUGGCAAGCGAUUCCUUCAUUGAUCGUAAAGGGCUUUGGGCAUUCUAAAAGGUGCUAUAUAAAUUUGAGACUGUAUUUUGUAAUUCAUUAAUACAGAAUUACAUCACAUUAUAAAUUUUAAAACAGAAGCAGCCAUUAACAUCCUUCUUUCAUUGGGCAAUCAGUCUUGAAACUGGAUACAAAGAUCUGUAAAAUUAGCACCUGGUAAUGUUUAAUACAGGACUAAAUCUAAUAAAGCUUUCCUAUUCAGAUAAUUUUGUUUGUGAAUUGUAGUGAGAUUUGUUUAUACAUUUGGACCUUUAAUGGACAACCAUUUUGUGAAUCUUGCAUUCCUUUUGUUCUAUGUAAUUUUACACCACAUU